AUGCCAAGGGCUACUUUCACCAAUCAAGUUGUUAACGCAGGGCAAAGAGAUAGGGGAAGAGAACCAAUUAGGGUUCAACAGGGCAGAAACAAUCGUGCCGCAGAGCCAGUUAGGGUUCAACAUGGUGGAAACAAUCGUGGUGUUAAUGUUGAAAUCUCUAGUUCUGAUGAUGAAGAUCUUGAGGACGAAGAAGAGGCUGAUCAAGAGAAUCGACAAAACAAUCAUGAUUAUAGAGUAAAGGCUGAUAUUCCAUUGUUCUAUGGAACUAUGGGAGUGGAGGAGUUUCUGGAUUGGCAGAUUGAUGUUGAUAGAUUCUUUGAUGUGAUGGGUGUUCCUGAGAGCAAACAAGUUAAGAUGGUAGCAAUCAGGCUGAAGAAAACUGCAGCUGUAUGGUGGGAUAAACUUGUUGUCCAAAGACAAAGGCAAAGAAAAGGACCAGUCAAGACUUGGCGUAGAAUGAAGCAGUUGAUGCUUGAUCGGUUCUUACCAGAAGACUAUGAGCAGAUUCUCUACAAGAUGUAUCUCGAAUGUGUUCAAGGUAAACGAACAGUGACAGAGUACACAGCUGAGUUUGUGCGUUUCUCUGAACGCAAUGACCUAGGAGAGACAGAUAAUCAAAAGGUGGCUAGAUACAUCAGUGGUUUAAGAAGCUCUAUACAAGAGAGAAUUUGGUUUGCAGACCGUAUGGACUGUGCAAGAGGCUUCUAG